UAAAAUGCAAAGAUUAAUGUAACAGGAUUACCAUUAACAAAACAGGGUUUCGUUAUCAUGCCAUUUGAUUUGAAGACAUGAACUAACCAAAAGAUACCUAGACUUAAUCAUCUAUUUGCCGCAUAUUCCAGAUCAUUAUUGGCAUUAAGCCCUUGGAAUUCCCGCAAACUGUUUACAGAGGUUUGUGGUAAGAUCCAACAUUUAAUUUGUUAUAUUCACCUAAUAUUCUAUUGUUAAUCCGCUUCGUGAGAAGCUGGGACAGCAUCUAAUAAUCUAGCAAAAGCCGUCUGGGAUGUAACGGGGACAAUUAUGUACAAACAUUAGAAGUUGACAUUGUUAUCUAUUUACGGGUAAAUCAUUCCAGCAUCAUACUGGGAUAUUCUCACGAAUAUUUUGUUGUGCUCUGUUUUACCAUAUGUUGUCUUCAAUCAAUGGUGACGACAUACGCACCUUAUCCCCCAGCGUUGACCGGGCGUUCCUCGCUAUAAAAGUGGAUUAACAGGUAGAUAAAACAUCAAAAAGCACAAGACCAAGAAAUAUGAAUUAUGAGAACUACGACCCUAUUUUCCCUGACCAACCAGUUGUUGACCAAUACCUUCCUAUUUGGGCUAGCCUGUCAGCCUUUAGGUCCAAGCCAGCUUUCAUUUGGUCCGACGAUGGCACGACCAAUGUAAGCAAUGGCUCAACACUUACCUAUGCUCAGCUCAAUGAUUCAGUGCAGUCCAUUUCUAUCCAGCUGCUGCACUCAUUACAAAGAGGCGACACUGUAAUCAUUUUAUGCACGCCUGGGCUAGAGCUGGUUGAGAUUAUUUUUGGGUGUCAAAGAGCCGGCCUUUUGAGCGUGCCCAUAUUCCCACCUGACCCUUCUUUUUCCAAACAAAACCAUCACCACCUGCUCAGAGCUCUCUCCCAGACAAAGCCUAAAGCUGCCAUUGCUCACCAUGAUUAUAUCACAAAAGUUCAGCAAUAUCUCUCUUUGCGCUCCAAAGACAAGAAGCUUGCCCAGAUGUUACAAAACCUGAAGUGGGUUCCUACUGAAGAUGUCAAACAUAAAAAUGCAGAUUCAAGACUGGAUUCUAUGUCUUAUGACGGUUGCAAACCUGAUGAAACUUACUUGAUUCAAUACACCUCAGGUGCAACAGGGAUCCCAAAGCCAGUGCUUGUGACAGCCGGAUCAGCAGCUCACAAUGUUAGAACAGCAAGGAAAGCUUAUGACUUACAUCCAAAUAAUGUAAUCGUCUCUUGGUUGCCUCAGUACCAUGAUUGUGGCCUAAUGUUUCUGUUAUUGACCAUUGUAUCUGGUGCAACAUGCGUGCUAACGUCACCUGCAGCUUUUGUCAACCGGCCUAGACUAUGGAUCGAGCUCAUUACACAGUUUAAGGCCACUUGUACUCCAGUUCCAUCAUUCACCUUGCCACUAGUCGUGAAGCGUGGUGGAGUCGAAACAGGAAGCUCACCUAUCAAUCUAUGGAGUUUGAGAAACCUCAUUAUCAUUAAUGAGCCCAUUUACAAGGCAUCAGUUGAAGAAUUUCUUCAUGUGUUCAAGCCUUUUGGAUUAAACCCGUCGUCCAUCUCCCCCUCGUAUGGCUUAGCAGAGAAUUGCACUUUCGUUUCCACAGCAUGGAGAAACGAUGACAACUCUGGAAACUCCUGUUUCCCCGUUUUCCCUUCCCACAACAAGCUCUUACCUAUUGCGAGACUUGCCAGUGAAGAAGAAGAAGAGGACAUGGACAUCAUUGUAGUGAACGAGCACACACACGAACCUGUUGAUGAUGGAAUCGAAGGCGAGAUUUGGGUUUCGUCUCCAAGCAACGCCUCAGGUUACUUAGGCCAUCCUUUCUUAACUCAAGACAUAUUCAAAGGUAGGCUUAGUAACAAGGUCAGUCGGUGUUUCGUCCGGACCGGGGAUAAAGGGAUUGUUAAAGGGGAAGAAAGAUUUCUCUUCGUAACAGGUCGUUGCGCAGAGGUGAUUAAGCUCCCAAAUGGUCAGGACAUACACCCUCAUUACAUAGAGACAGCAGCUUACAAUAGUUGCCCACAGUUCAUAAGAGGGGGUUGUCUCGCUGCGUUUGAUGUUUCAAGAAUGAUCGUUCUUGUUGCAGAAAUGCAGAGGAGUGAAAAAGAUAAUAAGAUUUUGAGGAAUAUAUGUGAAAGAAUCAGAGAAAAUGUUUUCGAAAACGAAAAAGUUGAUGUAGGGAUGGUAGUUCUUGUAAAAAGCGGAAGUGUCCCGAAAACAACUUCGGGUAAAAUUCAAAGGUGGGCGGCUAAACAGUAUUUUCUAGGAGGUAAAAUGAAUGCUUUAAUGGAACUCAAGUUUGAUAACAAUGGCGGAUUCUUGCGGUCAAGUAAUGGAAGAGGAAGCUACGGAGAAGGGGAAGAAGGAAGAGCAGUGAUAGCCGAAGAGAAAGAAGAGGUUGUUUAUUCACUCUCAAGUGCUCCAUGGUUGGCUCGAUUGUAAGUAAGUGCAUUAAGAAUCUAUAUAAGAAUAGAAUGUUGUGUUUUACUGGUGUCGUGCCCCCAAAGGCCAAAUUAGUGUAAAAGCGUAGUUCUUAAACUCCCUUUUGCAUCUUUUUCUUUGUGAUUAUCGACCAAGGGUUGAGAACUAGAGAGUCGACAGUGGUUAAUUUGUAUGUGGUUGCAAGCCAACUAUAUGGCUCGUUGCAUGACUGAGUUUCAUAAUAUAUUACUUACUAUUUAUGCU